UGUGUUUUCCUCCAUGCAGGUCAAACAGCAGUGAUAGAAACACAGCAGACUGUGGUGGCAGCAGCUGGAGGAGAGGCUCAGUUAAACUGUCAGCUCCUGCAAUCUAAAGAAGUCCUUGAAGUCACCUGGCAGAAAGUGUCACCUGGUGGAGAGAAGAGUUUAUCUUCUUCUCACAAAGUCCAUGGCACAAUAGUAAAUCCUGAGUUUAAAGAUAAAAUUGAGUUUAUAUAUACUGGACUGCAGAGCUGCUCCAUGAUUAUCAGGAACACCACAGAACAGGAUGAAGGCUGCUAUCGCUGCUUGUUCAUCACCUACUCUGGAGGCUCUCUGACAGCCACGACCUGCCUCCAAGUCUAUGAGCUGCAUGAACCCGUCCUCCGUGUCGGAGAAUCAGACUCUUUUGCAGAGUCACUUGUGUCGUGUUCAGCCACAGGUCGACCUGCUCCCACUGUGACACUGAACGUUGCACAGCAACACCUCCACUUCUCACACCACAACACCGUCAGUGUCAACAACAACAACGGUACAGUCACCGUCACCACGACAGCUGUGCUGUCA